UGGUGUGUGAGGAUGAGCGCUUUGUAAAUUGUAACAGAUGACCGUCCCAUGGAAGACGACAAGUAAUCAGACAAAACCAUAAUGUCCACCGAAGCAGAGGUACAGGCCGGAACUAUGUCGUCCGAAGAGAACAAAAAGCUGCACGAUCUAUUUGAGCAGCUUGACGUAAACAAAGAUGGAAGGAUUGACAUCGACGACUUGACCCAUGCAAUGGCGAGCAUGCAGGUUCCACAGAUACCCGGACAUGCACAGAGGCUUUUCAAAAAGUAUGACAAGGACCGAGAUGAACAAAUUGACUUCUCAGAGUUCGUAAAGUAUGUGCAGGAACAUGAAAAAGAACUCCGUCUGCAUUUCAAAAACAUUGACACCAAUGAUGAUGGAAGUAUUGAUGCUCAAGAAAUUGUUGAAUCCUUCAAAAAACUUGGUGUCAACAUUGACUAUAAAGAGGCAGUAAAACUGCUUCAGCGGAUGGACCGAGAUGGAACCUUGAAGAUUGAUUGGAAUGAGUGGCGGGAGUACCUGCUGCUUUCCCCUACAGGCAGUAUCCAGGACAUCUUACAUUACUGGCGACACUCCUCUGUACGUCCUCUACUUUGCCACUGCCUCUCACUUAGAUCUCACUUAUCUUCUCACCUCGGCCUCCGCUUUCCUAACUCAAGGAUGCCCUGGCCCCUGCAUGCACAGUGUGCCUGUGGUCAUGGCCCCGCCCCCUCCCCAGGAGUCUCUUUGGCGCUGCCUACAGACUGGGAAUGGGACCAUGGCACUCACCCAAUGUGGCCACUAACAAUUAUUGACAUUGGAGAGAACAGCCUUGUGCCAGAUGACUUCACCGAGACGGAACUCAAAACAGGAAUGUGGUGGCGGCAUCUGGUGGCUGGUGGGGGUGCUGGGGCAGUGUCCAGGACAUGCACUGCUCCACUCGACCGGCUGAAAGUCUUGCUGCAGGUGCACGGAUCCAGCAAAAACAAUUUGACAAUAAUGUCCGGAUUCAAGCAAAUGUUAGAUGAAGGGGGCAUCAAAUCUCUCUGGCGAGGAAAUGCCAUGAAUGUCAUCAAAAUUGCCCCUGAGUCUGCUAUUAAGUUUAUGGCUUAUGAACAGAUCAAGGCCAUGGUGAAGGGGGACUCUAAGGAAAUUGGAGUUGGGCAGCGGCUGUUAUCAGGUUCUGCUGCAGGUGCAAUAGCUCAGACCCUCAUCUACCCCAUGGAGGUGAUGAAGACACGGCUGACACUGCGCAAGACAGGCCAGUAUGAUGGAAUGUUUGACUGUGCCCGCAAGAUUGCCAGGCACGAGGGCAUGAAAGCAUUCUACAGGGGCUAUAUCCCAAAUCUACUAGGAAUCAUACCUUAUGCAGGGAUUGACUUGGCUGUUUAUGAGACACUGAAAAAGCUGUAUAUGCAGAAGAACAAGAACCAGGACCCAGGAAUUUUGGCAUUGUUAGGUUGUGGCACAGUCAGUAGCACCUGUGGUCAGCUGGCCAGCUACCCACUGGCCCUUAUUCGCACCCGGCUACAAGCCCAAGGUGGCUCCAAAGCUAGCAUGGUAGGACUGUUCCGUAAAAUACUUCACGAUGACGGUCCAAGAGGUCUAUACCGUGGAAUUGCCCCUAACUUCCUGAAGGUGGCACCAGCUGUCAGUAUAAGCUAUGUCGUCUAUGAACAACUGCGCAAGAGUCUAGGGGUCACAAUGUCAUGAGUGAGCAGCUUUGCUUUGUCUGUUCAUGACUCCUAGCAGACAUUCUUCCCAUAGUGAAUGAGCUGUGGUGUCUUUCUCCUUCAUUCAGACUUCAUUCAAAAGUAGGGCUUGAGGCAUGUAGAAGUGGUAAAUGGUAAUGGAUUUGAUGAUACAUUUUGUUAGUUGAGAAAGAACAGAAUGUUUACCAGAAUGGAGGGUUUGUGAGUUCAGAGAGAAAAUAAAUUCUGAUAUAUUCACAUAGAUUAGGUGGAUAGAAGGUAUAUCUUUGUUAGUGGAAGGCUGCAAGGGAAUGAUUUUUGUCUUUUCACUUUUCCACAAAAGUGAAAGCAGGAGAUGGUAAAGUGUUGGCCAGAGUUUUAUUUGCACUUUAGUUUUUAUACUGGAUGAAUGCAGAGCUUACCCAAGGUAUUUUUUGUUGGGAGAAAAGCUAGGAUACUUGUAUAAAAGAGUGUUUGAGAGUCCCGGUACUGGUUCUUGGUAGAGCCUUGGAAGCUCAUUUUUCUUGUGAUUGUACAGUAGAGGCUGUCUUUUCUUGAUCUACGCAUUUUGCUUUUCUUACCAUCAUUGCUUCUUCCCUCUCCACGUGCUUGCUCAUCACUCGCCUUCUUGAGUAUGUGAGUUGCAUUCAUGCAUUUGCACACAGAUGCAAUAACUGUUGUUGCUGUCAUUGGCAGUGGGAACUUCUGGGCUGUAAGAGCUGCACCUUUGUGUAGAUUCAUGCUUUAACGCCUGAACCACCUAAUCUGGCUUCCUUUCGCUUUUCAGUUGUGUGAAGCCAAAAGGUGUGUUCGGGCAGGCAAAGGUCAGCUGCCAUCAUCGGACGAGUCAUUCACUGAUACAAAAAUAUAAAUAAACAAGACAAAUGAGAGACAUAAUUUGCAAACCAGAGAACAGAACAGCCCUCACUAGCUUCCCUCUUCCAUUGUCAAAUGCAAGAUGAGUGCAAAUCAUGGCAGUUGGCAGAUGGGUUUUUGGAGGUGGGAAGGGAAACUUCAUUUUCAUCAGGGUGUCUCAUUCUUUUGGUUGACUUUCUGUGUUACUGUAUUUUGCUGUUGAGGAUUGGUUCACAGCUGUACUGAUCUAGCUGUGAGACUGUUGAUGAUAACAGAGUUGGACAUUUUUGUGCACCUCUGAGCAACUAAUCGUGGGUAAAGAGCAGGUUUUUCAUCCCUUUGGGUCUUUUCCCCACUUCCACCCUCAUUAACAUAAUCAUCUUUUAUGGAGAAAUCUUUAAAAAAUCUUCCUAGUAGGAUGUUUUCAUCUGCAUUCUUCAUGUGAAGGUAUUUCAUCAUUAUGACGUCCAGCCUUCAUUGUAAGAGUGGAGGAAAGAGAGACAUAAAAAUAAAGAAUUCAUUAUUGUACACUUGGUGCUGUGAUCUCAGAGGCAGUCAUGGGAGUUACAAUAAGUUUAUUGAGAAGGUGUGCAUCAGGGUGACAAUGUUUAUCAUAUCAUAUUUAAUAGACCGAUCACUGAUGUUAUUUUAAUUUGACAUAUUCUUCUCCUUGAUCACAGUUCUAUUAUUAUCUACUGUUUAUGUGAGCAGGAACAUUGGUCAUAUUUCUUUGUGUCUGUUAUUGUAGUGCAGAGUUAGUACUGAAACUCAGUGUCACGAAGUCAAAGCUAUGAUUAGUUUGGUGCUCAUUUUGUUAGCUUAAAUUGGAAGUCUUUUUUUUUUUUUUCUAUUUUUGGUUUGAUAUUUUUCAAUACAAAGGCAAAGAAAAGACAGGCAAAUAUGAUUAUACAUGAUUGUAAAACAAAUAAAAGGCUGUUGAUGGGCUCCAAGGUAGAGGAGCAGUUUGGAUUUGGAUCUUUAAACAAAAUACACAAAUGAUCCAUCAAAACUUGUCACCAAGCCCACUUUCCUUUUUUUUAUUUUUAUUUUUCACUUUAAAAAAGUUAGACUUGAAUAACAAAGGUGUUAACAUAUUGAAUCAUACAUUUUUCUCCUUCACCCCCUCCACCCCUAAAGGGAAAACAAUGUCCUUGAUUUUGAUCUUGAAAGGCUGAGUGAUAUGACGUUUUGCAUUUGUUCACACUGUUGAAGCAUGUCAAACAAUUUCGCUGGAUGGUGAGGCUUCAAUGGACAGGCUUUUAAACACCAGAAUAUUGUCUCCACAGAUGAAGGCUUUCCUAUUUUGUCAGUAUCAUCUCAGGGUAGUACUUUUUUUUUUUGUCCUUGUAAGAACAUCUACAAAACUUUUUCUCUAGGUCUGUGAUAAUUCAUCUUGUCUUUAUUUUGUUCUGUGUUUCUUCAUGUUUACAAAAAUGAGUUGUAACAUCCAUAAACUCAAGCAUUGGCAUUCUAGCGUGAGCUUUUAUCUAAGAAUUUCCUUGUUAGGAGGAAAUAGUGGUGCUUUGAAGUAGCUUGUGCUAGUAGGUGAUGUCUUUUUAAAGCAUGAGGUCACAAGCAAGUUCAUUCUUUGCCUUAUUUUUUUUUUAAUCAUAAUUGAGCAGCAGAUGUCAAUGGUUUAAAAGGACUGUUAUGAGUGGCUGAGGUGGAAAGUUUGACGAUUGCUGAGAAAGAUUAUUUCAUAAAAUGGAUAUAUUUGCUUGCUGUUGAGAGCUGUGUGUUGAAUUUUUUUUUGGGGGGAAGAGGGGUAGAGGGGAGGAAAAAAAAGGUUUAGGUGAAAGGUUAUGACCUGUCAGUCAUGAAAGUUUUUCCUGCCUUGAUCAAAAUCGAAUCUUUUAUUAAUGUGACUACUGCCUUUGUCUACCAUGGCUUGUAGCGGCUACUGAUGCAUUGUGCCGACCUGUGCAUCGUGGGGAAGCACUAGUUGCCAAGAUCUUAAAUGUGUGUGAAAUAUAAUUAGCUACAAAAUGUGUAUACCUGUCAACUCCAGCAGCUUUUUUAUUGGGUGACAUCUUGGUUUUUGUCUGUGACGAUGGUUAAAUACUGCAGAGGUAUAUUAAGGUAAUUGUAUAUUUAUUAUUAGCUCUGUUAGCAUACCCUUGCUCUUGAGGUAGUUUUUUUUUUUCCACCAAGUAGUUGCUGUAUUGUAGUUUCCUGCUAUUGUGUGCUGCUGUUUUGUCACUGCAAAGGGCUGGACUUUAUGAUGCAUUAUGUACAAUCAAGUUUGGGUCAGUAUUGACCCUGGCUUUAUUAGCUAAUGCAAGCUGUGGACAAACUUGUGUUAAAAUAUUUCACAUUUGUAACUACUCUGAGGUCUGCACAACUACUGUUUUAAUCUGCCACCAUUUUAAAAACUCUUGUGUCCUUAUUUUCCCUUACCCACACUUCUGUGUAAUUUUUUUUUUUUUUUUUGGGGGGGGGGGGAUGAGACAAUGUCAAAUUUUGUUGGACUCAAUAUUGAAGAAUAGACAUCAUGAGUUAGAGCCACAAGAUUGAAAGAUGGCUUCAAUCGUCAAGUAAAAUCCAUAGUUUGUGUACCAUGUGGUGAAUUCUCAGUCUUUUUCUUGACAAUAAACUUGGUACUAAUCAAGAAGUUACACAUAUUGUAGCUCAUGUACAGUAUAAAAUUCAUUAUAACAGAUCUUUAAUGAUCCUGCAAAGAUCCAAAAGGUCCCACGCUUAAAUUUCCAGUUGACCAUUUAAUAAAAAUCAAGCAUUCGGAAGCACUUUAAUAACAGCAGGAAAUACCUUUAGUUCAAUAUCAUGCAGUGUCCCAUGUAACUCCAAACACCCCUGUUAACUUGCAGUUAUUUCAGGUGGUGAGCAUAAAACUUUUUAUUUGAAGUGCCUUGUGCUAGCAUUGUGUAGCUUGUGUAAGCUCCAGACUGUUGUGAUUUAGGCGUGUUAAAAGAACUUUUUUGGUGUACGUUUUGUAGUAUUUUUUAUUAUUGUGGAGUGUAGUUAUUCCCCUUUCUAUUCAUGCCCUCUACCCAUUCUUCAGAUCCCACACUCAUUAAUUCUUGAAGUUGUUGAGUUUUUCAUUUGCAUUUAAAUGCAAUAAUUGCUUUCUCUUUGUUGUACAUGAACUUCUGCCACUGUUCAAAACCAGUAUUUGCUGUCAUCUGGCAUGUUUUCAUGCCACAGUUUUGUCCUUUGCUGGUGGGCAUAUUACAGUUUCACAGUGCAAAAGCGCAAACUUCUCUCACAAGAAAUUGUUUGUUAUAUUCUUUAUCUUGAUUCAUUGUGCUUAUUUUUAUUAAUCAGUAGUAUCAGAAUUCAUUUUUUAUCAACCUCACUUUGAAGAAAAUUUUGACUCUAGUUUUAUUACUGCUUGUUUCCAUUUAUUAAUUUAUUUCUCUAAUACUUGUUGUCCCUUGCUAAUGUUGCUUGAUAUUUCUCUAACACAAACCACCUGUUAAACAUUCCUUUCUGGUUAUACAGGGAUGUUCAUGAACCUGCUCCCACCCUGACUUCCUUAAUCCACCCCACACUUUCACCUUUUACUAACCCCCAGUCGCAUGCUUCACUGUUAACUGCUGCAAUUCAUUCUGCAAGCCUGUUGUAAAUAUUUUUGUUUUCAGUGCAAGAUUUAUUAAACUUCACUGUACAUACCUAUGCUACCAGAACCUUUAUUACUGGGGGUUUGCACCUCUCCAAUUUAACAUUUUACACUGUUUUUGUACAGUAUCAAUUCGACUAAGGCAUUGAUAUAAUUAUAUUGCAAAAAUAAUACCUUUUUUAAAAAAAAUUGCAAGUGUUUGUGUUUUGUGCAAAGAUUUGUAAAAGGUCAGUAUAUUUUCAUUUUUUAACCAGAACAAUCUAAUCUUUGCUCUUAAAUACACAGAACUAUGUG